UAAAGUUAUGGCAUUGGAGGCAGUGGGAGGAGCUGCUCUAGGAGCAGUAUUUGGGACGCUGCUUGAUGGUGUUAUAGCGGUGUCGUCGAAGACUAUAAUGUUUAAAACCCACCUCAGAAAUCUCAAAUUCACCAUGGACUCUUUUCAGCAAGUGGAUGAAGACGUAAGACAACAUCCCAACAUAUUGUUUCGCCCCAUCCCGGGCCUAGAAAGGUUUAGGAUCCAAAUGAAGAAGGGCGUUCAGCUCGUUGACAAGUGCUCCAAGGUUCGUCCAUGGAAGUUAAACGCUUUCAAAAAGCCUAUUUACACCAGCAAACUUGUUGCAUUGAAUGCAUCUCUCAAUACACUGUUAAGUGUACUGACAGUGCACAUAAUAAGUGAUACGAGGGCUCGGGUAAUCGAUGUGGCUACAACAUUGAACCAAAUCGAUGCGAAUAUUGUGGCACAAUAUCAAAAUCAAAAUCAAGGUUGGUGUGCAAUACCUGAGCCUCCACCCUUUACUGUUGGAUUGGAUGUGCAUGUGGAGGAGUUGAAGAUGGAGCUUCUUAAAGACGAGGCAUCAAUGCUUGUGGUGACUGGUCUUGGAGGAUGCGGGAAAACCACACUGGCACAAAUGAUUUGCAAAGAUCAGAAAGUCAAAGAAAAAUUCAAAGGCAAUCUCUUUUUCGUCAUUGUUUCAAAGAAGUCCAACUGCCUUGUUGUACAAGAACUAUGUCGAAAAACAGGAUCCCUGGUACCUUCUUUCCAAGAAGAAGCAAUUGCAUUUAACUGGCUGCAAGAAUUUCUGAAUACAAUAGGACAAGAUCCUCUACUUUUGGUCCUGGAUGACGUGUCGCCGGGAUCAGACUCCCUUCUUGAUAAGCUUGAUGAAUUCAAAAGACCAAAUCACAACAUUUUGGUGACAUCAAGAGUUCAAUUUCCAAGAUUUGGUCCUGCCUAUCUUUUAGGAACAUUGGAACCAGGAGAUGCAAUGACACUUUUUCGUCAUUCAGCAUCCCGGUCUGAUAGGAGCUCUUAUAUACCAGACAAUCUAGCGGAACAGAUAGUACAGCACUGUAAGGGAUUUCCACUUGCCAUUACAACGAUCGGAAGAUCAGUUUGCGAGCAGCCUACAGAGAUCUGGGAGAAAAGAGUAACGGAAUUGUCUAAAGGCUCUUCUAUUCUUGAUUCUGAGGAUUAUUUGCUUGCUUGCCUCCAAAGUAGCUUAGAUGCCUUGGAUGAACGAAUGCCUAUCAUUAAGGAAUGCUUCAUUGACCUUGCUUUAUUUCCUGAACACCGAAGUAUCCCUGCUGUUGCUCUCAUUGAUAUGUGGGCAGAAUUAUAUGGACUAGAUAAGGAUUCUUGGUCCAUUGCGAACAUCCACGAGCUUACCAAUCGUAAUUUGGCGAAUCUAGUCACAAGGAAUGGGAAGACGGAGAUCGAUGGCUAUUAUAGUGAACACUUUGUUACUCAGCAUGAUAUGCUUAGAAAUCUAGCUAUCCAUCAGAUUGGUCAAGAUGAAAUAGGAAAGGAAAAAAGGCUGAUUAUAGAUAUUUGUAGUGACAAUCUCCCUAAGUGGUGGACAGAACAGAAGAAUAAACCCAAGAAGACCCGCUUAUUAUCUAUCUCAACUGAUGGAUUGUCCUCGGAAAAGUGGCACGACAUGCAUCUACCAAAGGCUGAGGUUCUAGUUCUUAAUUUUCAGACAGAGAACUAUGGUCUGCCCAAGUUCGUGAAGAAAAUGUCCAAGUUGAAGGUUCUAAUAGUCACAAAUUAUGGUGUCUUACAAGCUGACUUGAGUAAUUUCAAGCUUUUGGGUUCUUUGGCUAAUCUGAAGAGAAUAAGAUUAGAGCGCAUUUCAAUUCCUUCCAUAAGGAAGAACUCCAUGCAGUUGAAGAGUCUGCAGAAGAUAUCUUUAUUCAUGUGCAGCAUCGGUCAAGCUUUUAGCAACUCUUCCAUCCAAAUCUUAGAGGCAUUUCCAAAUCUAGUGGAAUUGAACAUUGACUACUGCGAUGAUUUGGUGGAAUUGCCUGUCAAGAUCUGUGAUCUUAUCCGCCUAAAGAAGCUCAGUAUUACCAAUUGCCAUAAGCUAUCUAGCUUGCCUGAAGAGAUUGGAAAGCUAGAGGGUUUAGAGGUAUUGAGGCUGAGGUCCUGCACAGACUUGGUAAAACUUCCAGGCUCCAUUAAGGACCUCACUAAGUUACACUUGCUUGACAUAUAUAAAUGUUUCAGCAUCAAGGAGUUGCCUGAAGACAUUGGUGAAAUGAGUGGUUUAGAAAAAAUAAACAUAGGACAAUGCUCAAGAUUGCAAGAGUUGCCUGUAUCAGUUUUGAAUCUUGGGGAGUUACGGGAAGUGAUAUGUGAUGAUUACACAGAAAACUUAUGGGGGGAACCUUUCAAAUCCAAUCUCACAAAGAUAAAGAUAUCGGUGGUAAAAGAAGACUUCAACCUGAAUUGGCUCCACAAUCUUUGAGAGCUGAAUGUCUUUAAUAAACGUAUGUUGGGGCAAUGGCUCUAUGAGUAAGUUGUGUUUCAAUUCUUUUUUACCUCGUCAUUUUGUUCUCUUUCUCGUUGUUUGUUUUUCAUUUGUGUAGAGGAUUUGGAUUUACAAACCAUAUGCUAAAGAUUUACAUGUGCGAUUUCUUAUGAGGGAAGACAAAUGGGGGCAGGGGCUACCCUGGUGCAAAAGAAGACAAGAAUCUACCUUUCUUUCUUGGAAACAACUCUGAGCUCCAAAUUAGUCAGAAUACUAACAUAUUACUUGGAGCCGAAGGCAAAACUUCACUGAGUGUAUAUCUUAGACAUGUGGGUUGAAAUUGCAGUCCCAUCGAACAAGUCUAAUAGGAAAGCAUUGGAAAAAAACCUAGUAAUAAAAAUAUCAAUAUUUGAGGCUUGCUCUAUCAAGUCAACUGUUUUCUUCUUUUCAGGUUUUACAGUGGAAGAAGACCUGUUUAGCUGCUGCCUUGCCAAUGUCUUUAGAGUCAAUUGUAUUAAACGCGGAAAUCUUGACAGCAUCUGUAGCGUACGAUUUGGGUUGAAACUGAUCUUAUUACGAUUUUGGGUUGAAAUUCAUUAUUCAGCCCACGUUGUGUGGGGCCUUUGUCAACUUCAGUCGUAUGUUUUGGAGGCCCUAGUCGAAUAUCUUAAAUGGGCCCUUCUCCUCUAUAUGUAUAUUUAUAUGAUUUUUUUUUUUCAAUAAGCUAAAAAAAUAUUAUAUGAACUCAA